AUGGAAAAUGUGUGUAAGGAGCAGGGGAAAGAAGACUUGUUUACAUUAGACCUUAUACUUACCAAAUACGAGCAGUAUGUAAGCGGCGCAAUACGAAAUGAGGAAUUGAGGAGGUACAUAGAGAGGUUUAUGUUCCAGUACAACUGCCUAGAUGAAUGUGAAAAGAAAUUAAUUGAGGUCAUAAAAAGGUGUGAAAAUUUUGAGUGUAAAAAAUUUCAAGCCCAUUAUUUGUUCAUAACAAAUAUAAUAAAAGAAAUAUGUCAUAUGGAAUUGAUCCCAAUAAUAUACAACGAAAUAUUAGAAGAGAGGAAUGCCAAAAGUGAAGCUUCCUACCUGAGUAGGGAUUACUACAUAGAGGUAGAGAAUCAAAAAGAUGCAGAAGAAAAUUUCAAAGCCAUCUGUGAAAGGGUCUAUAAAAAAUACAUCCUUGUGUUUAUUAAGCUGUUGUAUUACUCAACCAAUCUGCCGCCCCAUUUGCUGAACAACUUAAUAAGUGCCAUGUCCUGUAUGUGCAUAUUAAUAUCCAAGUAUGAUACGUUUAGAGAACCAAAUGAGAAAUUUUCGGAGCUUAUAUAUAGAAUAUUUUGGAAUUAUUUCUCCAAAAGUUUUUAUUUUCCACAUGAAAAUUAUAUUUCCCUGGAGGAAAAUGAUGAUUUGGAGGACGAGGAUGAUACAUCAUCUUCCUACUACACAACUGAUACAGCUGGUGGUCAGAAACGACAGGGUGAUCCGCAACCUGGGGGUGAUUACACCAUACGGGGUGUAAAUUCCUCUGAGGUUUGCCUUCCCGUCGAAAGCGGUGCCAAUUGCGAAAUUGAAAACGUAGGUGAUGAUCAAGCCAGUGCUGUGGAGCUGAGCGAAACUUACGCCAAAGUGAAUAAGCGGCUGCAUGCGCACAGUGGUGAGAAAAAGAAGAAAAAAAUAAAAAGGGAUAAUGAGGGGGUGGAAUUAGCCAGCUCUUCCACUUUGCUGAAUGCAAAUGCAGAAUGUACAGAAAGUAGGGAGCACAGUGUGGUCCAUAGCAGAGAUGACGACCACAUAAGCAGUAACCACACCCAGGAAUUCCAAACAGUGCAGGAUGUAGAUGAACUGAUAGAGGGUGAGAAGAAGGACGCAGAUGCUGCGCCGUCUACUUGUCCUUCUCUACAUUGGGGUGAUGAGGGGGUGGAGAAGUUGGCGGAGGUAUAUGGCGAGAAAGGGGUGGUCGCGGGGAGGGGCCUCGCAAAGGGGGACACAGUUGGACAUCCAGGUGGGUAUACCGGAGGAUAUGCAAACGGGUACGCAGGAGGGUACCCAAUCGGUCAGCCCGCCGGGCUUCACUCCGAACGCCACACCGAAGAGACCACCGAGCGGAGAGACUCCUACCCCAGCGAACAGGACCUGAAUCACGAAAACGUUAUGUUCGUGAAUGUCCUCCUAAACGUGUACGUAAGCUUAUUUAACACGAGAAGUAAGAAGAACUACUUGUUCUAUCGUGACAAUCAAGUAGCUUACAACGAGUUCCUUCUCGACAACGUUGAAAUUGUGAUUGACCAAAUGAGGAACAUGCUUAACAAGAUCAGACACAGCUUGAGUGAAUCCAUAAUUUAUUUUUUGAAAUUGAAAUUUUUAAUUCUUCUGUUUCUGAUUAAGUUUGCGAAGAGAAACUCGAAAGAUGCCAAUGCGGGCAAGUCCACCGAAAAGUUGAAGAAGCGGAGCCAAACGGUUCAAGGCGGGGAUAACCAACAGGACAUUGGCACAGGUGGAUACAUGAACAGCGAUAGCUAUGCUAGUGGUCACAACUACGCGAGUGGCCACAACUACACGAGUGGCUACAACUACGCGAAUGGCCACGGGUAUGAUAACAACUUUGGAAGCUACUACGGUGGUAACGGGGCCCAGAACUGCAACGGCAACCCGAACGACUUCCAAAACGGUUACCCGAACACACCAGAGUCGGAUUUCUUUCCCGUGUGGAGACGGAACGAAUCCGCGGAGGACAGCAAAAUUUAUGUUGACCCCCUAAGUAACAGCAGCGUGAUGAACAAUGUGGACACGGCGUCUGCGCGGAGCAGCAUCGGUGGGGUUGGCAGUUCGUGCGGAAACAUCGCAGGCAACGAUCUCGGCAUUAAUCACGCGCUGCAGGAAAGUGUAAUGAGUGGUACCGGCGUAGGAAGCGACAUCGUUAGCGACAUGGGCAGUGGCAUCGUUAGCGGCAUGGGCAGUGGCAGCCAGUACCCGAAUGGCCACAGUGCCGCGUACGUAGAUGGUAGUAAUAGCACCCCCACUAUCGAUAAUAACAUAAACGAAAACAGCAUCGAUAUUGGUAACUUUUGCGAAAAUUUAAGUGGAGAUUACAACUGUGGCACGACGAGUAGGAAUCCAGGGAGUGACUGCAUGGGCGCCAGCAACGAACACAGUGGUGCGUUUAACGCAACUACGAGUGGAAGUCCAGAUGACGUAAUAAUUUCAAGUAGGUAUGCAGCCUCAUGUGGAAGCCAAUAUGGUGUGCUAAAUGCUACUAAUGAUGGCUCUGUAGGUGGCACUAACGAGGGAACUAUCCAUUUCAGUAAAGAUGCCCCCACAAGUGGCAGUCAAGAUGGGCUUAUAAACGAUGGGACAUACAGUAAUGUAAAUCCCAGUUAUUGCAAUGGGAACGUUGAGGGGGCGUAUAGCAUCCCCCACUACAGCACGUACGGUGAGUAUUACAUGCAGAACAACGAGAAGAGUAUUGCACCGGGGCAGGCCGUACAGAGCGAGAAUAACGUAGAGAACGACCCGGUCAGCAGCCACUACUCGCCGAGCAUCUUUAACAAUAAUGACUCGGCCACAGGGAUGAACGAUAUCUUUUUGAGCAACAUGAAGAACAACCUGUUUGCGAGCAUGGCUGGGUGUAGUGGGAACAUGGCUGGGUGUAGUGCGAGCAUGGCUGGGUGUAGUGCGAAUAUGGCUGGGUGUAGUGCGAAUAUGGCUGGGUGUAGUGCGAAUAUGGCUGGGUGUAAUGGGAACAUGGUUGUAGGUAAUCCAGACAUGGCUGUAGGCAACCAAGGCAUGGUUUUAGGCAACCAAGACAUGGCUGUAGGCAAUCAAGGCAUGGUUGUAGGCAAUCUAGGCAUGGUUGGCGCUGUUCCCCCGGGGCAGAGCUACCCCUGCGACGGCAGCAGAUUCCCCUUUGCCAGCAAAAAUAAGGAAGAAUUGGGAGACACAUGGAACUGCCACGAGGAGAUGGAGGGAGAGGAAGGAACCCAAGUUGUAGAGGUGGUAGAGGACGAAGAAGAGGAAGAAAGAAGAAAGAGAAAAAGAGAAAUUGAAGCAGAGUGGGAAGGAGAACUGGAUGCUGGAAACGAAUUUCAGAUGGAGUAUGUAAUUUUAAAUCGUGAUUUUUUAAGGAACAAUGUAAAAAAGAGUACAUUCGAAAUUGUGAAGGAUAUGAUAAAUAACUUAUAUAGCAAUAGUUUCUUAGAGAUGCUGGACGUCCUGGUAAAGUGUGUAGAAGUGAAUUUCAAAGAUGAAAAUCUUACAUUAAUUAAUCGAAUUUUUUCAUGCAUGUUGAAGGGCAUAAAAUAUUGUAACGAAUUGAACAAGUACAAAAUUUAUAUGUUCAUUUUGAGCAAAAUUGACAAACUUAUUAAGAGUAAAAGGUAUGAAGAAAAUAACUCAACUUUGAACAAUUACAGCUGCUAUUUUUUGCUGAAUUUGAUUUUUAAUUUGUUUAAGAGGGAUAAGAGGAAGAAAAGAAGAAACAUAUGGUACUUGCUGUUCGAGAUCCAUGUAAAUAAAAUGAAAAGGAAGAAGGUUACUAUGAAGGUGAACUCUGUCAAGGGGGAUGAGCAACAGGUUGGUAUGUACCCUCCUCAUAUGGUUGACGUGAAUGAUUAUAUAAAAAAGAAUAAAAGUAAGAAUAACGAAUUGGCUACAAAAAUGCUGAUAUCGUCCCUGAUAAGAAGCAAUGAAAAGAAUAAGCAUUUCAAAAUGGAUCAAAUGAAAAGCAACAGUGUAAGCGCGUCGGAAAAUGAAAACGAUUUGAUGUCCCUAUGUGAUGGGAAGAACUUUUUAAUUAAUAAUAUAAUAAAUUUUUUACUGGAAUGUUGUAUUAGCAAGGGAUGCAUUGUGAGAUUUAUGAGCCUUAGAAUUUUCUACAUGAUGACCAUUCUGUUUAUAGAAUUUAUUAAAAAUAGAUCGUUGAGCUAUGAAGAAAAGUUGCUUAAAAAUUAUAUCAUGAAAUCGAUUUAUCAGAAUUUCUUCCUCUGUAUUUUUUUACAUUUUAAAAGAACCAGAGACGAAUAUUUUUAUUUAUAUGAAGCUUCGUAAAUGAGUUUUACGACAAAAUGCAAGGAGAGUGUUUCCCUGACUGAUAAAAAGGGCGAUCACUAUGAUGACAGCACGUUGAGGAGCAUCUACUCCAUGUUCCUAAGUAACGCCAAGGACCUCUACCUGUUCGCCUUCUUGAUGCUUUUUAAAAAUUGCAGAAAUGUUAUGAACUUUAAAAUUUUGAAGGGCAUUUUGAAGGUGUCGUCGGAGGAGGUUAAGGUGAUACUGGGGAACUUGGUGUCGCAGCGAGAGGGGGAUGGCUCAGAGAGGCAGGACAGGCAGGAGGGGAAGGACAGGCAGGAGAGGAAGGACAGGGGAGGCUCGGUUAGCGGCAUGGUUAGCGGCUCGGUUAGCGGCUCGGUUAGCGGCUCAGUUAGCGGCACGGUUAGCGGAUCGGUUGGCGGCACGGUUGGCGGCACGGUUAGCGGCACUGUUAGCGGCAUUGUUAGCGGCGCUGUUAGCGAUGAUGUGAUCGUGCUGUCCGCGGAUGCGACCAUGGAUGCGACCGCCGAUUUGACGGUCGAUCCGGAAGGGGAAUUACAAAACGGGCUGCCCAGCGAGGCGCAGAACGGCGGCGGCUACCCCGUAGAUGCGAAGGAACCAAGUAAUCUAAAGAGAAGAAAAGAAAGCAGCAAAGUAGAAUUGUUUCGAGUAAAAAACAUAAACAUGAACGAUUUUCUCACCAACGAGAUGCAGAUAAAACUGAAAAUAAAAGAGCAAAAUGAAGAAGAAAAGAAAAAAACGACGUACAAAAAUUUGUAUUUUAUUAACAUAUUCUACAUUGCAGAAUUAAAAAAACUUAGCACAUACGACAAUAGUUUUAUAUACUACAUGUUCAAUUGCAUUUUUUGUUUUCUGAAUAUAUAUAUAAAUCGGUUCACUUUUUUUUUUUUCUUUAUUAAAAACGAGAGCAACCAUCGCAACAGCUACGUUUACUCUGAUAAUCCCUUCAACAAUAAUAAUAGCAGCAGCAAUGGAAACAACAAAAAAGACGUUGAAGAGUUGGGAGAAAUGAAUGAGCAAAAAUAUGUAUUGGAGUUUAUCCUAGAAAUGCUGACACUGUUCAGAAAUUUCUUACAUAUUAUUACGGUAAUGGAGGAAAAUUUAAUCAGUGUAAAUAUCGAAUCUUUGGUGAAGAAAAAAACGAGAGGAAGCGAAUUGACAAAUAUACGAAGCCUCAAAAAAUUGGUUAUCCUAGAGUUACAGAAAUUUUAUUUCAUUUUUAUCAAGCUGUUAAAAGUCCUUUUCUUACUGAACAGAAUAAAUGGCUACUCUAUAACCCCUUUUGAAUUUUUCUUUUUUAAACUGAUACACGUCACUAGACAAUGAAUGUAUUUUUCUUCCAUUAGAAGGUAUGACAUUUUUGGUUCUAACUCCUCCUACGUUGAUGAUCGAAAAGGGGAAGUAAACGGCAUCCUCGGAAGGGGACACAAUAAUCCGUAUGGUUACAGCAAUUCUUUCAAAGCGGAGGGGGAAGAGGAUGAGGAGGUAGAGGAGUCUAACGUGGAUGCAUCCCAGCGAGUGAAGGAAGCAAUGGGUAUGCCUCCCCCGACCAAGGAGGAACCUCCACCACAGGCACAGCAACUACAAGCGGAGCAAUCGAAGCAAUCGAAGCAAUCGAAGCAGUCGAAGCAGUCGAAGCAACCGCAAGAACUGCAGACUCCGCUGCUGCCACUCGAAACGGUUGACCAAAACGAGAAAAGGAAGUCGAACAGGAAGAGGUCUGGCAACAACAGCAGAAGAAGCAAAAGCAGCGCGAAGAAGGGGCAACCUGGGGUGAACAAUUUGGAGGAGGCCAUCGCUGCUGCCAUAGAAGUGGUACCUAAGGAAGAAGACCCCAGUGCCAAAAAUAACGGUGCAGGCGAAGACGGAAAAAUGGCAAACCAAGGCGGCAGUCAAAGCGGAAACCAACGAGACAACGCAACCGGCGAUAACGUGACUGUCACGGAAGCGGACAAGGCGGUACCAAGCACUUGUGCUAGCGGGGCAAAGGGUGUAGAGCCCACCAAAGUUGCCCCCAAUAGUGUAGAGGUAAACGAUGCAAGCGGUGCAAACGCUGCAAACACUGCAAACGGUGCAAACGGUGCAAACGCGAAAACAACCGCGAGUAGAAGCAAGAGGAGGAAAUGCAGUAGCACGAAGAAGGAGGAAGCGAAGAUUGAUAUUGACCCAAGCCGCUUGAUCGUCGCAGAGAAGCUGAAGGAGCAGGAGGAGAAGAAGAAAUGGGAUCCUACGAUAAACUGCAAAACAGAAAGUGAAGUAAAAGUGGAGAAGCAAGCAGAGGUGGAAAAUCCAACGAGUAAUACUGCUGAGCAGGAAACUAGGAGAAGCAGAUAUGGUAGAAAAAGUGGCGUUAACACGAAGGAGAAAAAUUUUAGCAUGCUGAUUGAAGAGGAACAUGAGCAGAAAAGGAAAAACAGGCGAAUGAGCAGGAGUAAGGCUUCAAGUGCAGGGGAUAGGAAAGGGAGAAGCGGAGCCAAGAAGGAGGUAGGAGUUAAGGGGGUAGGAGCUAUAGAAUCUGUAGAAGGAGCAGCGGUACAGGGGGCGGCCCCUGCCAGUGAGUUUCUAGGCUGUAUUCCUGGAGAUGUCCCAAGCAGGGAUCAACCCCAAAUGGGAAGCGACAAAACAUGUGAUAAUAACAAUAAUGAAAAGGAUCCUGCGAAGGUAACGAAAGAUGGAUUUUUCCCCGAAGAGGCCGCAACUCAGAAAAGAGAAGAAACGACUGACAUUUUGGUAGAUGGGAAAAAGGACUCAACCUCAACGGCGAACAAAGCCGAGGGAGGUGAACAAAUUUUGGAACAUACAAAUGAGAAAAGCACGAGCUUAAAAAUUGUCCUAAAUUGUAAUAGCAACAUGAUAGCCGAGAUGGACAGGCUAAAUUACUUUAGGAAGUACAGCGCUCUAAGCAGCUACAAAGAUUACAAGGUGGAAAAAUUUUUCUACGACAACUUAGAGCUGUUCCUACUAAGCAUAUUCGUAUUUGAAAAGAGUACCAAAUUGAACAGCACAGAUUUUUUUUUGGAAAAUUUUGACAAAAUAAAUGAAGUAAUUGAGUUCUGUAAGAGGCAUCAUAUCGAUAGAGGAAUAGAAAAAAUUAAGAAACAUGUGAACAAAAUAAUUAUCCAAAAUUUUAUUAUCAUUUGCUUGAAUUAUAUUGACAUUUUAAGGAAGCGAACGUACACCAGAAGGAGGAGUCGCAUGUGGUUUAGGAGCCUCCAUCAUAGGAGAAGUGAACAGGCGGAGCAGAGAACGACGGAAGUUGGACAGAAUUAUAACAAGUUUGGCGCAUCUCCUGUGGAAGGUACGGGUCAAAAGGUUGUCACUGGGGUUGAGUGCACCGUGGGUCAGGCUGUGGCAGGAUCGGUGGGACUACCGGGGGUAGUGGCCACGUCGACCAUUGCGCCAAUAGCGCCCACAGUUGGAGCAACAGGCGUAGCGACAGGCACAGCAGAAGGCAUAGUGACAGGCGUAGCAGCAGGCGGAGCAGACGUAAGUGGCUUAAAUGGCGUGACGCCCGUUGGGGGUGCUGCGGUCAAGGAGGAGACGAGUAAAAGCUCGAGGAGCAAAAAGGGGAAUAGCAGAAGAGGGGCGAGUAGGAACUCGAGGUCGAGAAGGAACACCAAGAAGGGGGAGGAAGCGGCUGCCCAGGCGGUAACGUUGAAGGAGGGGACUGCAAAUGAGGCCCUCGCGAAGGAGGGAGGAACCAACCAAGUGGCCACUGCUACGGUGGAAAUGGGUCGAACGGUGGCAGCAGAAGGGAUGGCCGCAGAAGGGAUAGCCGCAGAAGGGAUGGUCGCAGAAGGGCUGGUCGCAGAAGGGAUGGCCGCAGAAGGGAUGGCUGCAGAAGGGAUGGCCGCAGAAAGGGUGGUCACUGAAAGGGUGGUCACUGAAGGAAUGGCCGCUGAAAGGGCGACCGCCAAACCAACAAGUAACUACCACGAGAACAACUGCAAAGGUGCCCGCAGGAACAGCGGAAGUCACAGGGUAUCCAGUGCGAUGAGCAGUGUGGCACCGAAUGACCAUUUUCACCCCCGAGAAGCGCUCCUUUUCCAACGAAACAAAAGAGAAGAGAAAGAAAUAACAAACAAGCUACUCCUGAAUCUGAUUAACCUGUACAUAAAUUUUAUGUGCUCCUUUUAUUUCUACUACUUAACUUUUUACGAAGACAAUUACAACAUUUUGAAGAACAUAUUAUUUUUAGGGAUAGAUAAAGUACUACAGAAAAAGGCGAAUAAAAAAUUGACUAGCUUUGUUUUGUCUUUUAUGUACAUUUUAAUGUGCCUUUUGUUAAAAGUGAAGGUGAAGGAGGAAUUCAUAUUAACGUUGAGUAGGGACAAAACGAAGGGGCAAAAGGAAAUGAGAAGAAGUGAACGUAGGAGAAGUGAAAAAAGAGAAUUUCGAAAAAAAGUGGAAAAUAUUAGUGGAAAGAGCAGAAGCAGUGAAAGCAAAAUAAGCGAUUUGCGAGGAACAGGAACGGGAGCGACAGCAAAUGAUAAGCGAGAAAAGGAGGAAGAGAAAAAGUUUGUAGUGAAAUAUUUAAUUAACCUUAUAGACGAAAACCAACACAGAAAUGUAAACCAAAUUAGCAAGAAAAAAUUCAGGAAAAAUAUAAAGCAAGUUUUAUGUAUAAAAAAUGAUGAACAUUUGGAGAAUUACAGUUUUUUUCCAAAAAGGUGUUUCUACAAAAAUAAAAUGGACAAACAUAUAGAAAAGGUGUUCCAUGUGAAGAAGAAAAAAAAAUUAGUUCUUACAAGUUCGUUAAAUUUGAAGGAAAACUUAAAAAAGUUAAACAAUAUUUGUGUUAAUUUUUCGUAUAAAUUUAUUUUCCCCCUUUUAUCCGAGCCCCUAGCAUUUGAAAAGAGCAACGAAUGGCUCAUCCGUCGCGUUUUUAAGAAAGAUAUGAAGAAAGACACCAACUAUGCGAAAUAUAACUUUCUUGAUUAUAUUAUAUAUUCAUGUUUUUACACCAUCUUUUGCAAAACGAAAUUAAUUAAAAUGGUGAAGACAAAUUAUCAGCGGAUUUCUCCUGACACACAAAAUAGCAAAAAAAUAUGGGAAAUAUUAAAAAUGAAGUCGUACAUAUAUAAUCAGAAAAAAUAUUCCACUCUGCAAUUUUAUUUGGCCGUUGAAAUACUGAAUUUAAUUUUUAACAAUUUAAAAUAUCUUCCAUUUAGUUCGAUAAAGCUAAUUAUUGAUAUAUUUCUGAACAGAUCAUUUUUAACCGUAUGGAUAGAUGGGAAGAAGGAAGAUAUAAUAAAUAAAUUUCAGAGAUUAUUUCACAAUUUUUUUUGCGAAAUUUUUUAUCUGCAAUCUGAGAAACUUACACAGUUGCCAUAUUUUGUGUAUCAAUAUCAGAAAAGUAUUUUUCUUGUAAAUUUGGUUAUAAAUUCUGUUGUGUGCACGAAGAAGAAGCCCGUGGAUAAUUUUUUCCUUUUGGACAUUUUGAAGCACUGCUUCCCGAGGUCUGAUUUUGACAACUAUAAUAAUUCGUCCGAUAAGAAGAACGAGGACAAGCGGGGGGUGGAGCGGUCGCACCGCAUGUUGCGGAGCAAGAAGGUGACCCUACCGAGCUGA